AUGUUGACAACCAAUAGCCCAACAUUUCAUCGAACAAUAGAUUCUGGUUUAUCUUACUUUCAAGCAAUACAAGCCACUGUACUUACCACCGGUACAUACAGCUUUAAAAGCGAUAGUCUUCUUGAUGCAUACGGUUAUUUGUAUGAGAACAAUUUUAAUCCAUCGAAUCCUAGAGCAAAUCUGUUGACUGAAGAUGAUGACAGUGGUGGUGAUCACCAAUUUCUUAUGAGCUAUCCAAUGCAAUAUGGCUCAGAGUAUAUCUUAGUUUUCACAACGCACAAUCCAAGAAUGACAGGGACUUUUUCGAUACUUACAUCGGAUCCAUCCAAAGUUAAUCUUAAGUACCUUCACAUUAUGCCAGUAUCAUCAUCACCUGCAAUCACAUGUAUUGGCUUCAGCGUGAUGGCUAACGUUGUGAUUCUACUUAUGGGUAUAAUUAUAAUGAUUAUCUCUGGUCAAGAUCGUCAUAUCUUCUUGUGA